GGCAGACCUUUUUUUUUUAAAAAAAAAACGGUAUUCUUACAAAAGGAACCUUGUCGCUGUUCCAUGAAUACAGAUAUCUUUUGGUAGUUUCAUUUCAUAUUCAUUUCCCUUUUUUUUUCCAUUUCAUUUCAGGUAACCUCAGAGCUACCAUCGACGUCCUAGAUACGCAUCACACCGACCAGUACCCCCAUUCUGCACUGAUUAAUCACUAUGGAAUCCCCCAGGAGACCAUCCUUUUUGUCGGGAAUCAUCAAGCGAAGAGGCUCGAGUGCUGCCGAUGACCCUCUGAUGAACAAGAGUAUCCCGAUGGAAGUUCCAGGGAGACGCCAGCGGUCGUCGUCACUCACCCAGUCACUUAAGCUCAAGUCACUCUCGCCCAAGCGAAGCAUAGAGUGUGAUGAGAGGGCACAUACUACGCCAAUUUCGGCUGAGAGUGUUGCGCAGGCGCAACGCGAGCUCAGCGAGUUCGCGUCGAACAAGGGUAACAUUAAGGCCCCAACGCCCACGCCCAUUACACUGGGCCCCUUGCCGAUGAACGUGGCGCUCGCAAAAUUCAUUGAUCGCCAUCAUCUCAAGAGCCCGCAAAACUUGGAGCUAUUCGCAGGCACCGCGUCUAGCGCGCGGCGACUCUGCUCAAACACCAUUGACAUCUCGCUCAGCUCUUACAAUGAGCACAUCUACGUACCCUCCAACAUCUCAUCCUCUACCAACUACAACGAUGAUGCAGAAACAGAGGCGCCAGAGGAGGAUAUUGAAAGAGUAUCCUCCCCCUCUCCAGAGAGCACCCGGUUCCAUAUUUGUUCGCCGCUGUAUUUAAACUCACAGGUCGAGACGGACUCCCCGGUUGUCCACGGAUUUGUGGUAAUUGUGACCGUGAAAAGCGCCACCACCGUCGAUUCGCUCACCGUUCUGUUGAACACUGCAGCCAAGACACUCUGGCCCCAAGGCAUGCCCUACAAUAAGAGCAAGCUCAUCGACUACACCCGCAUCGGGGCGUGUGAAUGGCGGAUGAAGCUUGCCGACCACGACUGCUUCAUCGGGGAGGAUGGUGAAACGGUACCGGGUGAGGGGAACCAGCGGGAGUUGAUGAAAUACCGCUUGAUGGGCCCCAAAGACGUAACCAAAGACGAGACCGAUACCUCCUUUCCCCGGGAGAAUGUCAUUGCAUCCACGAACGAAGACAGCCAAACGAAACAAGGCAUUUACAUCUUUUUAUUACCCAUUUUGUUCCCUGCCACGCUCCCAGAAACAUCCUAUUCGCCUAACGGGGCCCUCAACCACACGUUGAACGUGGCCGUGCUGACCAUUGUUUCGGAUAAAGCAAGAGCCUACCACGCGCGCUGCCAUAUUCCGGUGGUUAAGCUCCCACCAUCGCAGUCAAUCUCUACCCUCAAUAAGCCGGUUUACGUGAACAAGGUGUGGAACGAUUCACUCAACUACGAGAUAUCCUUCCCAAACAAGUACAUCUCGCUCGGCUCAACCGAUACGGUAUUGAACAUCAAGUUGAUCCCGUUGGUAAAAAAGCUCGUUAUCAAGCGUGUGCGGGUCAACAUUACCGAGAAGAUUUCGUACUUUGCGUUGUACAAGGGCGAACACUACGAGUACGAGCAAGGCACAGAGACGUUCCCUGACUACACCAUUCCCGCGAAACAGAAGUACAAGGACCGCGUGGUGAGCUUGUACGAAGUGCGAACGACCCCGGGCGGCGAUAAGCGCGGCUUGAAAAAGUCCAAGAAAAAGGCAAAGAAGCCUGCCAUGAGCGAAGAAGUGGUGAGCUGUUUCAACGACAACUUGCUUUCUCUCUGCUUUGACGGAGGGACCGAGUCAGUCCCUGUCCAUGACCUCCCCAGCUCCCGGAAGGGCAAACCGAAAGCCCCAGAGAGCGAGGUCGCCACAUUCAACCAUCUAGGAAAGAACCGAGGCUCCCAGGACGUGAUCAUCAGCGAGCCUAUUUCCAUCGAUAUUCCCCUUUCAUUCGGCGUGGAAGCGGUGGAGGAGGAUCUCCCCGAAAAGACCAGACAUGUCCUUGGAUCGUCUAACUCAUUGGAAAUCAAGAGGAACCCCUCGGCAACGUUCACCACCCAGGCCAACCGGUCACGAGCCAAUUCUGUCAACGAUUUGGCCCCCCCGCCUAGCCUGCCCAGCACCAACGGUCGUCAUCUCGGGCACUUCAAACGCAUUCUCCACCGCCACCACGAGCCAGACUCUGCUGACUCUUUGGCGGCGCUGACGUCGUCGGCUGAGAUGACAAAAGCCAGGGAAGAUUAUGUGUUGUACCCCGACACCAACUCCAAGUUCAUGAAGAUCUCGCAUCGAAUCCAGAUUGCGUUCCGAAUCUCCAAGCUCCAGAAGCAACUCAAUCCGUUUUGGUCGGACUCGCUCUCCACCUCUGCGGAUGUCCCGAAGCACAUCGAGAAGUUGCACCACUACGAAGUGAUGAUCGACAGUCCGAUCGUGAUUUUGUCCAAAGACUGCCCUCUGGAGGCCACCACAUUGCCGCAGUAUCUGGAAAGCGGGUUUGACCUCACAGCCACAGAUACCGCCUCCAGUAGCUCCAGCUCCACCGGGGGUGUGCGGUUCAAGGAACCGGAUUACCAAUCGGUGCCGACCUGCGACUCCGAUUCCUUCUCGUCUGUGAGUGCCCCGCUUGCCAAGCCAAAGAUGGCCAUCCGACACUUUGACCCGGAGGUGUACAUCCCACCGUUGGGGGAGGAAUUGCCGACGUUUGAAGAGGCGGUCACGUGCACCCUUCCAGGCUCGCCCUUUGGCUCACCCAACUCGCGCUACUCGGUCGACUACUCGAACAUGGCGGUGAUUUCGCCGGUUUCCAGUCUUGGCUCCAGCCUGUACUCCAGAAACGGAUCCGUGAGCGGGCCUACUCCCUCCUCCGCGCCAGGAAUGUACAACAAUUUGGACUUUUUGAUGUGCGUUAACGACCGCGCUGACGAUACGGGCGGGAACGUGAUCCCAGAGCUGUCUCAUCUCAAGCAAGCUUUGUCUGGGAGCUUCUCCACUGCCCCUCUCGGUAGACCCACCGGCGGGUCGCAUGAAUCGCUUGACUCGGACAACGAGGCCGAUGGGGAGCUCUUUAACAUCGACGAAGAGGACCAUCCGCCAAGCUACGCUGAGCUGGUGCCGCUCAUAUCUCCGCUACUCGUGCCGGUCGAGACAAACGACUCGGUUGUCACCAGAACGAUCACCUUGUGCCAACCGAUGUCGAGUACGUUGACGUUGGAUGCGUAUGGCCAGAGCAUUGACUUGAUACAGGAGAGCAUGCAGAACCAUGAGAUUCACUCCACAGGGAUGUACCACUCGUAUAGAUAAUUCGUGAGUUGUAUAUUCUGUUUGAGAUGUUGUAGUGUUCUUCGUGUAAUGUGGCGGAGGCAGGGGGACCGAGCUGUAGGAAACUCAGCCGGGUGAGGUAUCUACUGGUACUGUUUCUAUGCCGGGAUAGGUACAUUCUCUCCAUAUGAAAGUAUCUCGAAU